UAUGUUUCACGCCGCAAAAGCUUUAGAAGAGGCGGGAAGACUUUAUAGAGAUUUAAAAAAUUUGGAGAAAUCGGCCGAUUUAGUCGAAGAAGCUUGCGGUUUAUACGUUGAAUAUGGAAGUCCUGAGACAGGAAGAAUUGCACUUGAGAAAGUGGCAAAAAUGUUAGAAAUGAAUAAACCUGAAAGAGCAAUAAAGUUGUUCAAGAAAGCCUGCGACGUGGCCGAGGCGCAAGAUAACAAUAGAGUAGCCGCUGAAAUGUUGGGAAGUGCCGCUAGAAAUGCAGUAAAGAUAAAAAAAUUCGACGAAGCGUCGUCAGCUCUAGCGCAACAAGCGACUUUUCUUGGAACUUUCGAUCACCAUGGGCUCUUACCCAAAGUUGCUUUCUAUUCGGUUCUUGUACAUAUUGCUAGAGCAGACACCGUUGCUGCUGACAAAGCUCUUCAAGCAUGUAUGAGGGCAGAUGAAGCUGUUGCCGAAUCUUUAGAGGCCUGCUUGGCCCAAAAACUUCUUACAGCCUAUGAAAACAGCGAUUAUGACUCGGCUUUGGAGGUGAUUAACCACCACGAAGUUAGAAAUAUGGACAAUGACUACGUCAUUCUAUCGCGAGAAAUCAAGUUUCCUGGAUCAUCAAAGAAAGGAGCAAGCGGAAGUAGCGGAGGACAAGAGGCCUCUUCUAUUCCGUGUGAAGAAGAUGAUGGCGAUAUCGAUUUAAAAUAA